CUUAAUUUAACUCUUCUUCGGGGACUAGUUUAAAGAAGUGAGGUUUGCUGAAUUUGUGUAGCCAACUGAAACUGAAGAUGAAGAUGAAAAGGAUAACCACAAGACCUCCAUCUCGAGGUAAUCUUCCUUCUUUCAUUUUUACCAUUCUGCGGAAUCCAAGUAGGGGAUUUCAUUCCGACGCUGUUAAUGCUAAUCCUACUUGUACGCAUACAAUUAAACGAACCCAUUUGGUGUCGGAGAGUAUGAUUCAGACUCGAUGCAAAUCUGGAAAAAUUAGGAAAGAUGAAGCUUUGGGUUACUUUAAUUCCAUGAUUCAAACCAAACCCUUGCCCUCUAUUUGGACUUUCAAUUGUUUGUUGGGGGCACUAUCCAAGAUGAAGCAAUAUUCUGCUGUGGUUUCUAUGUGUAAACAGUUGAUGGGUUACGCUCAUUUCGGACCUGAUGUCAGUACAAUGACUAUUUUUAUGAAUUGCUUGUGCCGUCUGAACCGGGUGGAUUUGGGUUUCCCUGUUUUAGCAAUUACCCUUAAAUACGGUCUUCAACCCAAUGCUUAUUCUAUGAAUACUUUGCUUCAUGGAUUGUGUAAAGAAAGCCGAAUGGAUGAUGCCUUGACCCUAUUUCGAGAUAUGAUCAGCAAAAGUGUUGUACCGGAUAUUAUCAGUUAUAACACUUUGAUUCAUGGGUUAUGCAACAUGAGUCGCUGGGAAGAAGUGCUCCCUCUUUUUGAAGGAAUGGAAGAUCAUGGAGUCAGGCCAGAUGUUGUCACCUACACCACUUUAAUUUAUGCGUUGUGCCGAUCGGGGAGGUUGGAAAAAGCCAAGAGCUUCUUGGUUUGCAUGCUUAACAGUGGAAUUUCACCCGAUGUAUACACCUAUAAUGUUCUUAUGAACACUCUUUGCAAGGAAGAAAGAAUUCAAGAAGCGCUUACUCUGUUGGAAACUAUGACAACGAAAGGCAUAAAGCCUAACGUUGUCACUUUUAAUUCCUUGAUUUCUGCUUCAUGCAAGUCGGGUAACUGGGAGGAAGCUGUGAUGUUAUUUAAAACCAUGAUUGAUCAUGGAGUCUUGCCUGAUAUUGUUACAUACAAUUCUGUACUGGAUGCUUUAUGCAAGGAAGGGAAGACAACAGAGGCACUGAAUCUUGUCAACGAAAUGUUCCGUAGAGGGGAAAAGCCUGAUGUUGUGACUUACAGCUCUUUAAUUAAAGGAUUGUGUCGUACCAGCCAAUGGAAAGAAGCCACAAGGUUGUUUGAUGAAAUGGUAUGCCAUGGAAUCUUACCUAAUUUCAUAACUUUGAAGAUACUUUCGGGUGCUCUCUGCAAUGAAGUGAUGACUGAUGAGGUUCGCGAAGAAUUUAAGGCGAGAAUAGAUGGAGCUUUGUAGCUUGGUAAGGAAAUGGUCCAAAAAGGAUUGAUGCCCGGUCUGGAAACGGGAAGAACUUUAAGAGGUUCUUUGUCCUACUGCUUCAUGUGCAGAACAACACGUUACAUGGUUUGAAAUUUAUAUGAAUGAAGAGUGGUCAUAUAUUAGUGAUA